AUGGACGCCGCAACUACUGACGCUUACCCCAACCACCAGCGCGAACGGUCCCGCUCGCCGCGCCGCCGAUCGCGUAGCCCUCGCCGCAGCCGACGCUCCUACUCCCCGCGCAGUCGCUCGCGCAGCCGCGACGACUAUCGCCGCAGCGAUCGCCGCUCGCGCUCGCCUAUGACUGGUGCUGCAGCUGCAGCUGGUGGAUACUCGGGCUCAUACGCUGCUUCGCGUGGUGCGCCGCCGGUUCGCAGCGCUGAGGAAAAGGCUGUAGCAAAGGAACAGAUGAUGGCAUCUCUGCGCGAGUCUUCCCAGCAGGACCGUCGUGUCUACGUCGGCAACCUGUCGUACGAUGUCAAGUGGCAUCACCUCAAGGACUUUAUGAGACAGGCCGGAGAGGUCCUGUUUGCCGAUGUGCUCUUACUUCCCAAUGGAAUGUCGAAGGGAUGCGGGAUUGUGGAAUACGCCACCAGGGAGCAGGCCCAGCAGGCCGUUCAGACCCUUUCGAACCAGAACCUCAUGGGCCGUCUUGUCUACGUGCGCGAGGAACCGUACGAACAAAAGGACCGCGAGGCCGAGCCUCGCUUCACCGCGCCUCCUUCGAUCGGCCGUGGAGGCUACGGAGCCAUGGGAGGUCGUGGCGGCUUUGACGCCUACGGCGGCGGCGGCGGCGGCUAUGGAGGCGGUGGACGCCAGCUCUACGUCUCCAACCUUCCGUACAACGUUGGCUGGCAAGAUCUGAAGGACUUGUUCCGCCAGGCUGCUCACACAGGUUCCGUCCUUCGCGCCGACGUCCACCAGACCCCCGACGGCCGCAUGAAGGGCUCCGGUAUCGUCGUUUUCGAGACGCCCGACGAUGCUCGCAACGCCAUCCAGCAAUUCAACGGAUACGAUUGGCAGGGCCGCACCCUGGAGGUGAAGGAGGACCGUUUCGCCGGUCCGCCAGGCUACGGUCGUGGUGGAUUUGGUGGCGGUUUUGGUCGUGGUGGUUUCGGCCGUGGUGGAUUUGGUGCUAGGGGCGGUUUUGGCUAUGGAGGCCGUGGCGGUUUCGGUGGUGGUGGUCCUGGUUACGGUGGCGGCAUGGGUGGUGGUGCUCCCGAAUUCCAGCAGCCCAUACCCGCUGGUCCUCCCAACCCAUUCACCGACUAUGCCACCUCCGGUGGUGAGCGCAGCAACAUCAUCUACGUCCGCAACCUUCCCUGGUCUACCAGCAACGAAGAUCUCGUCGAACUCUUCACCACCAUCGGCAAGGUCGAGCGUGCGGAGAUCCAGUACGAGCCCAAUGGCCGUUCCCGUGGCACUGGCGUCGUAGAGUUCGACACUGCCGAAAACGCCGAGACUGCCAUUUCCAAGUUCACCGGUUACCAGUACGGCGGUCGUCCUCUUGGUCUUUCUUUCGUCAAGUACACCAACGUUCAAGGCCACAGCGACGCCAUGGAGACCGAGGCCACCCAGGGCCUCACCCAGGACCAGAUCAUGUAA